CCCCCCCCCCCCCAAAAAAAAAAAAAAAAAAAAAAAGAUAAAAGUUGUUUCCUUGCAAGCCACUCUAGGACUAGGAGCAUAUGGGUUUAUAAAUUACACAUGGAGAGAAUAACAGAAAAUAUCAUGGCAGAGAUGGUGAGCUAUAGUGUGGAAAAAGAACUGGGUUGUGGUUUUAUGGGUAAGUUUUUUCAACGUUAUUGGCCAAGAAAACCAUCUGUUCAUUCACUACCUUCAAAUCUCAGAAAUGGUUUGAAGGAGCAGAGCAUAGAAAAAAAGUCUCAGAAAUCUCCAACUCAAAAUUCAACAAGGAGAAGAAGCCACUCUGAAGAGACUAAACCUUGUCCAAAACUGGACCAAAAACCCACCAGACAACCUGCUUUAAUUCAUCCCAGAAAUUCAGUUUCACAGCUAAAAGUUCAAGGUAGAAGACCUUCCGAUGCUGCAAGAAGCUCAACAUCAUCCUCCAGUGGCUUAGCUCUGAUCAAGGUAUCAUCAGAGAACCAGGGCUUGGCAGAAGAGAGAAAACAGAGAAGGGAUUCCAUUGAUCACCAACAACAACAACCUGAUGAGAGCAAAGCUCUGGUAAGAGCCACUUCCAAUAAUGCAAUGCUCUUAGGGAACUUGAAGCAGCAAGGAACGAGAAAUUCACUCUCCAGCAACAGCCCAAAUAGUACACCUAAGACUCUGGAUUUGAACUCCAUUGUCAAUGGAAGACACGGUUAUGGGAAAAUUGGAGGAAAUAUUGUGAUGGGAAACAUUGUGAGGAAGAACAGCGACGAGUUGAGGGGUAUUGUUGUGAAUAAGUUAGAGCCUGAGGUGUUGAAAAGAAUGGGAAAUGAGGCGUACAAACAGGGGAGAUUUGGUGAGGCUUUGGGUUUAUAUGAUAGAGCAAUUGCUUUAGAUCCAUAUAAAGCAGCUUACCAUAGCAAUAAAAGUGCUGCUUUGAUCAGUUUAGGCCGUAUUGUCGAGGCGGUUUCGGAAAGCAAAGAAGCUAUUCGAAUUGAACCUUCUUAUCACAGAGCUCAUCAUAGAUUGGCAACACUAUAUAUCAGCUUGGGAGAUGCAGAGAAAGCGUUCUGUCACUUCAAAAACUCUGGUCCUUAUACCGACUCAAAAGGUGUUGACCAAGCUCUGGCGCUUAAGAAAAGCCUCACCAGGUGCACAGAGGCUCAGAAAAUACAAGACUGGAAUAUUUUGCUGAAAGAGACCCAAUUUGCUAUGUCUUCUGGUGCCAACUCAGCUCUACAUCUCUUUGCUCAACAAGCCGAGGCCUUGCUGAAUCUUGGCAAAACUCAAGAGGCUUAUAACACCUACCAAAAACGACCCAAUUUCAGCAUUGAUAUUUCUACCAAGUUCUUUGGCUUGCCUAGUACAGUAUAUCAGCUAAUGAUUGGUUCACUAGUUUACUUAGCUGUUGGCAGGUUUGAGGAUGCUGUAUCGGCAGCUCAACAAGCAGCAAAACUCGAUCCGAAUAACGCAGAGUUAACCAUGACAUUGAAAAGGGCUAGAGCCGUUUCGGCAGCUCGAUCAAACGGCAACCUUCUUUUCAAAGCAUCGAGGUUUGCUCAAGCGUGUGUCGUUUACAGCCACGGUCUAGAGCAUGACCCCAACAAUUCAGUUUUAUUAUGCAACAGAGCAGCUUGUCGUUCUAAGCUCGGACAAUUCGAGAAGGCCAUUGAAGAUUGCAAUGCAGCUCUUAACGGUAACCCUUCUUAUAGCAAAGCCAGGCUACGCAGAGCAGAUUGUAAUGCCAAAUUGGAGAGGUGGGCAGCUUCUGUUCAAGAUUACGAGGUUCUAAUUAGGGAAACACCAGGAGAUGAAGAAGUUGGUCGGGCUUUGUUUGAGGCACAGCUUCAGCUCAAAAAACAAAGAGGUGAAGAUAUCAAGGACAUGAAAUUUGGAUCCAAUUUGGUUUAUAUCUCUAGCAAUGAGCGUUUCAGACACAUUGUAACGUCACCUGGGAUGUCGGUGGUUCUGUUUUGCAACAAAGCCAAACACAAACGAGUUUUGCAAGUGCUUGAACAAGUUUGCAAAAGAUUCCCAUCUGUCAAUUUCCUCAAGGUGGAGGUGGAAGACUAUCCCUACUUGGUCAAAACAGAGGGUGUGAAGAAUAUUCCAACGUUCAAGAUUUAUAAAAAUGGAUCAAGGGUCAUAGAAAUUCCAGGAAGCAACCAUGAAUUGUUGGAGAGCUCAGUCAAACUGUACAGUAGUUAAAAAAAUUAUAAAAAAAAAUUGCGGAAGAUAGUAACAGAAAGAAGGAAAUGUAGAGAGCCCACUAGCCCCGCAUGAUAAAGAUAAAAAAAAUUGGGCUAAACACACUUCCUUGGUGGAUUUGCUGGUUUUAGACCUACACAAGCACCUAAAAAAUAGUGGGCUAUUCAUAGUUUCAUACACUUUGCUUUGCUUUAAUUAUUUAAUUAUUUUGUGUUUAGAUUUGUGCAGUUCAUUGUCUAAAUCAUCUUACGAUUCAUUCAAAGAAUUUGAUGAAUUUUUGUAAUAAAAAUUAAAAUGAAAGUUGGCCAA